UGCACGCAGACCCCGUGUGCGAAGUGAUGCGAGUUCAGAGCCGUCUGGCCAUGGGUGAGCCUGUGCUAUGCCGGUACCAGACUGGGCCCUGAGACCCCGGAGUGAGAUCGCGUGUGCGUAGCUGCUGGCUGAACUGGUGCUCCAGUGUACAAAGGAACCACCCCGACAAGGCCCCCCAGGGAUCUGUUAUGAUGGAGGAUGUGGAGUCGCGUUUCCUGCACCUUCUGCAGCCCAUCCGGGAUCUUACGAAGAACUGGGAGGUGGAUGUGGCAGCCCAGCUGGGGGAGUAUCUGGAGGAGCUGGACCAGAUCUGCAUUUCCUUCGAUGGCGGCAAAACCACCAUGAACUUCAUAGAGGCAGCUCUCCUGAUCCAGGGUUCAGCCUGCAUCUAUAGCAAGAAGGUGGAAUAUCUCUACUCUCUCGUUUACCAGGCCCUCGACUUCAUCUCCAACAAAAAGCGGGACAGGCAGCCGACCUCGGUGGGGGAGGAUGGGACGGACGCUGACGUGAGCACUGGCCCCAGGAGGGAGGAGGAAGAGUUCCUCUCGCUGGACGACAUCAGGAUGAGGAAGGACCACCAGCCUCCCACGGUGAACAUCGUUCCCUUGACUCCCAUGGCCCUGGUACCGCCGGAGGAGAUGGAGAAGAGAGACAACCCCCUGCUCAGCCGGAAGGGGGAGAUCCUGGCCAGCCGGAAGGAUUUCCGCAUGAACACGUGCACCCCUCACGCCAACGGAGCCUUCAUGCUGGAGCUGGCCGGCCUCUCGCCCACGCAGUGCCCCCAAGCACGACCCCCGGCCAGGGAGCCCGGCAGCGCCACAGGAGAGCAGAUCGGCCCGCAGCCUGGAAACGUGCCCACGGAGCACAGUGUCUGCAGAACGCCUGUCCCGGUCCUGAACUUCUCUGACCAUGAAGGCGCCGUGGCACCAGAGUGUGGCGGAGGGGACGACGAUGACGCAGGAGGCGGGGGCGAUUUCUGGCCCGAUGCCCCAGCAGGAGGCGUGGAGGCCAGUCCUGCUGGGGAGCACAUGCAGCAGCAGAAGAGCGCGCCCGAGGGCAGGGGGUACAUGCUGCGGGAGAGGGCCCCCGCCGUGGACCCCAACGCCCACAUAAAGGAGAUGCUGGAUCCCUGGCGGAGCCUCGACCCCUUUGACGACUCCGAGGACAAGCCCUUCAAGAAAGGUACCGAGGGGCCGGGUGGCUUGGCCCGGCUGCUCCCUGGGCCCGGCGGCGUCCCCCCCGCCGGUCUCACGUCUCCCGGCUCCGGUCUCUCCCCAGAGCACGACAGAGCUGACACCAGACGAGCCAAGAGGAAAGGACCCACGUUCGCUGAUCUGGAGGUUCUGUACUGGAAGCAGGUGAAGGAGCGGAUGGCCGUGCAGAGGAAGCUGCACAGGAGAAUGGGGCUGCUGCUGGGGAAGCAUCUGCAGGAGGAGGAGCUGCUGGAGGAGGCCGAGGAGCAGGAGCGAAUGGACGACUACCUGGACCACGACGGGGGGGCAGCCGAGGGCGCCCGACGCAGCGAGGCCAACGGUGACAGCCGGGCCUGUUCCCUCUGCCAGGGGCUGCUGCUGGGGAAGCAUCUGCAGGAGGAGGAGCUGCUGGAGGAGGCCGAGGAGCAGGAGCGAAUGGACGACUACCUGGACCACGACGGGGGGGCAGAUGACUUCCUGGAGCAGGAGGACAUUCAGCCGGAAGCCCCGGAGCAGCUGCCCGAGGGCGACCUGGGCCCCUGCGCGAUCCCCGACUCCCUGAGCUAUGAGGAGCUGGUGAGGAGAAACGUGGAGCUGUUCAUCGCCAACUCCCAGAAGUACGCCCGUGAGACUGUGCUGUCCCAGCGCAUCCGCGACUGGGAGGACAAGAUGGGACCCAAGCUGCAGGAGCAGGAGGAGCGAGCCGCCUUCGACAUCCACAGCUAUGGGGACCAGCUGGCGGGGAGCUGCGGGCGCCUGGGCGAGUGGCACUCCUUCGCCAGCCUGGUGGCAGGGAAGCCGGCCUUCGAGGUGUGUCGCUACAUGCUGGCCUCGCUGCAGCUGGCCAACGACUACACGGUGGAGAUCGGCCAGCAGCCGGGCCUGGAGGAGGGGGUGGACACCAUGCGGCUGCGCCUCAUGACCCAAGAGCGAGCGCACGAGCGAUUCCGCACCUACAUGGCCCCCUCCGUGUCGAACUGACAGCACCUGCGGCUUGCUGGGACACACGGUGCCGGCCGGGGGCUGCUGUGCCGAGAGCCCUGCCCUGUGUAUAUACUGCCCUCCUGCAGCAAACUCUGUACAGCCUCUGCCUGUCUCUGCUGUCUUCUUCCCCCCGCCUCUGGCCGGGUCCUUCUGCCUUCCUCUUUGCUCUGGCUCUUUCCACCUGCAUGCCAAUAAACCCUGGAUACGG